CAUUGCCUCGUCCGCCAGCAUCCGCUGACUCCGAAGGUCUGGAGGAGUAUAUCUCGGGCGACUCCGUUGUUCGACAUGAACGACAUUACGAACGACGGUGACACUGUUGCAUCCCGGCAAGUUAACAGAGGGCAAAAAUAACCAGGGGAGAGAUUCCCUUGCUUUCCAAUAGUCUCACUUUUUUUUUGGGGACGGAAGGGAGUUACUCCUAUUCAAACGCGGGCGCUGCGGUUUCAAGAAAACAGGUUGGGGAACGACGGGAAAGGAAUGGAACGCAUCGCGCCGCUUGGAUUCUACACGGAAUGGAAAGGCCAUCUGCUCGCUGACCUUAAGCGCCUGUUCGCCAACAGCCUCGUGGCGCGCGGCGACAGACCCGUCGUCUGGCUCGCGGGCGACUCGUCCCUUGACAACAAGGCCUGGAUCUCCGCCAACGGGUCCGGCGGCGUGCCGCUGCCGGUGUCGGUGCCGGACAUCUACACGAUGUGCUUCAAGAGCCUGACGCCGAUGAAGCCGGACGUGGCCUUUUGGAUGAACCACUACUUGGGCGACCGCGCGACGGCGAUCAACGCCGCCGUCGAGGCGAGCCUGCUUCGCGAGCGCAGCGGCGGCUUCCUGCUGCCCCACGACCGGCUGGUCCGCGACAACAUCCGGGCGCAGGACGUGCUGGUGGUCAGCGUGGGCGCCAACGACAUCGCGCUGUCGCCGACGGUGUGCACGGCGCUCAACAUGCUGUGGCUCGCGCGACUGUCGAGCCAGGAGGGCGUGGAGAAGGGCACCGCGCGGGCGCUGUCGCACUUCAAGAAGCUCUUCGGCCGCGAGGUCGAGCGGUACGUCAAGGCGCUGGUCGGCACCACGAAGCCUGCCGCCGUCGUCGUCUGCAUGAUCUACUACCCGCUUGAGGCCAGCCGCUUCGGUGAGCCCAGCUGGGCGGACGCGCCACUCAAGGCGCUCAAGUACGACACGCACCCGCAAAAGGUACAGGCUGCCAUCCGCGCCAUUUACGAGCAGGCCACGAUGAAGAUCUCCGUGCCGGGCACCAAGGUGAUUCCGCUUCCACUGUUCGAUGUACUGGAUGGCAAGACGCCGGAGGACUACGUUGAGCGCGUCGAGCCUAGCGUGCAGGGUGGCAGAAAGAUGAGUCAGAUGCUCACAAAGUUGAUCCUGCCGUUACUCGAUGAGGCCGAGAGGGCAAGGGAAGACACAUCACAGCGGCUUUCGGAGGACGCAGUGAAUUAAUCAAUUAUGAUGAUCAUGAUGAUACUGCUGCCGGUGCUGCGUAGCGUUUAUACGAGAUCGACGAGGCAUGGUGGGAGGGAAUGGCGUUCGCGUGGCACUUACGAGAAGUAAAAACAACUUCAGUGUAAAAGGAUAACACGUAAGCCAAGGCUCGGGAGGAUUGCUUAUGCAAAUAAUUCAAAGCACUUUAAACGAUAGACUGGCAUCAUAGUAGCAAACAACCUAGAA